ACAAAUCAGCAUCGAGUAUCAGCGGAAAAUCUAGUAACGUUGCCCAACUGUUGAGUCUGCUGAACGGGGCCAUUGUCAAUCUUUUAGUACUAUUUUGUCGAUGUUAAUAGUUAAGUAAUCGUUUAUAACCUCCAACGUGCCUGUUAAUUUAGUACGCGUUGAAUCAAUUGAACUUGAACAAUGGCAGGUAUAAUGAACAGAUUAAGAUUAACUCUUCAAAAAUGUGAACAGACAAUUCAAGCAAUUCUCGGUCACGGUUUUCCUCCUCCAGGAGCACUGUGUGCAGUCGACUGCAACAGUUUUCUGUACGAGCCGAAACCGGCUAACCGACUCGGCAGCCGGUCUCUAAAGGAGAUUCUCGAGAAUGGUAUUUUAUGGGCAGUCCCGAAAAGUCGACGUACCAUAGCAAAGAGGCUUCAGAGGAGAUUUGGAGUGAAGGAAUACGUGUGGAAGCCACAUCAAGCAAAAACUAACAUAUUAAUAUGCCCAAACUGUGGUCACAAUUAUGAAGCUGGCCUUCUAUGUGGACAUUGUUAUGAAAAAGUAAAGAUUGAAACUAAAGAAAUGCAGGAUGCUAUUCAGAAGGAACUACGUCUUGAGCCAGUAGAGAAAGAUGUAAUUGUAUUAUACGAUGGAGAACGAGAUGAAAAGACAGAUGAAUUCUGGAAGAAUCAGAGAAUUGUUGAAAUGCCAAAGAAAAGACCUGCAUGGUUUAAUAGGAACUUACUUGAGCCGACGACGCAGGAGCCUUCGGAUGGAAAAGAUGUUAAGCCCACUCAUCUUGCAUGAAGUGUAUUUACAAUUGUGAACAGCUUCCUUUGUAAGUGAGAUGUUUUAUUGAAUAAACCGUCAUUAUUAAUAGACCAUA